AACUUGUAUUAAAUUGGGCAAAAUGUAAAAAUUUGAAGAGCUGGAAAGUAAAGAACUGCGGCGCGUCGUCGAAAGGAAAACUUAAUAUUAUUAACAUAAUAUGUGCGUUGGCGUGUGUGAGUUUGUGUGUAAAGAAACAAGCAGAGGCAAGAAGCAGAAAUAGCAAAAGGACACGGCAGCUCCAGGCCGAUUGCAGCGUAUUUUCAGUAUUUUUCAAUUAAAAGAAGUUUUUUAAUUAUAAAGCAGAGCUUUACUCUAAAAAUAAUAAAAUUAAGUGCCUGCCGCCUUGUAUUUGUUCUGCUUAACCAUGGCCUACACGAAUGGUUGAAUAUAGCAAAAGGAUUCCUCGGCACUGCCAAUUUACAAGAACAAACACUGAAAGAACGACGGCCACUCCUUUUGUGUCCGACUCCCCUUGAUGUGGAUGUGUGUGCGUGUUCGUGUUCGUGUCCGCGUCCGUGUCCGUGUUUGUGUAUUGUAAUUGAAAAUUGUGAUUACUGUAUGAAUUAAGGCUGCAAUAUCGUAAUAAUUAAGAAAGUGGCCGGGCAAUAAAAAGUGAAAAUUUGCUGCGUUUUUUGUGUGUGUCUGCAGAAACAAAAACAACAACUGCAACUACAACUACAGUUAGAGAUAAGAAGCUCUCACUCACACAUACACACCUACGCUACAUUCACACGCGAGCAGAACAGAACGAGUGUAGUGUGCGUGCGUGUGCCUGUUUUUAUGACUCACGGCUGGGCCAGAGUGUGGGGGAGCGAGUGAGAGACCGAUAGUAGCUGAGCUGCUUGACUACCUACGGCAACAAAACAGUUAAAUUUCCCAAGCUGAGAGCGUAACUAAUCGCGUUUGGAAGAAAAUUCCAAAGUCUCCGCCGGAGACAAAGGAAGAACGAGAAACGAAAGAGAGUGAAAAACCGACAGCACAGAAACCCAAACAGAAAAACAUCACGAACAUGAGUUUCGCCAAGUGGUUCAAGAAAAAGGAGCAGAUCUCCGAGAUCGGUGCACCCACAAAUUUCCAGCGGCACUUCCAUGUCUCCCGCAACCAGGAAACGGGCGAUCUGGAGGGUCUGCCCGCGCCCUGGGUGCGGCUCAUGAACUCACAGAUCACCCGGGACGAGCAGGACAAGAAUCCCGAUGCCGCCUACCAUGCCGUCAAGUACUACAACUACUCGAUCAAAAAGAAGGAAACCGAGGUGUUCAAGCCCUUCAUCACCGAGGAUGUCAUUCAUGAGGAGUCAAAGGAGAUUGAGAACUAUGUCAACUACAAGAACAAACACAAGUCCCAGGAUCCGGAGAAGUCGGAUGACGAUGGUAGCUCCACGGCCACCGAAACGGAGACCAGCAGCGGCUGCGGCUCCUCCGCGGGGAACAGCAACAGCAGCAGCAUCAACGACAGCAGCCAGCAGUCCCAUGGUCCAUUGGACGGCCACAGGCCCCUCGAUGAGAUGUUCAAGGAGCUCAAAUCGAAUCUGGAGCACCGCGAAACGCUGAGGGCCGCGCCAGCCAUGUCCAACAGCCUACAGGAGCCUCCGCCAGUGCCGCCCAAAAAGUCCACGCACACGAUGCCGCCCAAGCCACAGAUCAAGCCAAAGCCCCGAGUCACCCAGAAGUUCUCGCGCUCCUCCGACCUGCGGCGGGAGGAUGACGACCACAAGAUCAACACAGACACCAUCAUCAUCAAGCCGGCGGCGCCGGGCCAGCAUGUCGACGCCUCCGAGGACAAUCCCGACGAGACGAUACUGCGCCGGUCCAAGGAGAAGCGGGCCCAGAAGACCGAUGCCGAGAUCUACGAUGAACUUCGAGCCAUCUGCAAUCCCGAGGAUCCACGGGAGCGCUACAAGACCACCCAGGAGGUGGGCAAGGGGGCCUCCGGCAUCGUGUUCAUUGCCGGCGAUCUGACAAACGAGUCCCAGGUGGCCGUCAAGACGAUCGACAUGAAGAACCAGUCCUCGAAGGAUCUCAUACUCACCGAAAUCCGGGUGCUUAAGGAUUUUAAUCACAAGAACCUGGUGAACUUCCUAGAUGCCUAUCUGCUGGAGCCCGAGGACCAGCUGUGGGUAGUCAUGGAGUACAUGGACGGCGGCCCACUCACCGACGUCGUCACCGAGACUGUGAUGAAGGAACGCCAGAUCGCCUGCGUCUGCCGCGAGGUGCUCUAUGCCAUUAGCUUCCUUCAUGCGAAGGGCAUCAUCCACCGCGACAUCAAGUCGGACAACGUGCUGCUCGGUAUGGACGGGUGCGUCAAAGUGACAGACUUCGGGUUCUGUGCCAAUAUCGAGGGCGACGAGAAGCGCCAGACGAUGGUGGGCACCCCCUACUGGAUGGCGCCCGAGGUGGUCACGCGAAAGAAGUACGGCAAGAAGGUGGACAUCUGGUCUAUUGGCAUUAUGGCCAUCGAGAUGAUCGAGGGCCAGCCGCCCUACCUAUACGAGACGCCGCUGCGAGCCCUCUACCUGAUCGCUGCCAACGGACGGCCCGAUGUCAAAAGCUGGGACAAGCUGAGCCCCAAUCUGCAGGACUUCCUUGAUCGCUGUCUCCAGGUGGAGGUCGAUCGACGGGCCACCGCCGAUGAGCUGCUGAGCCAUCCCUUCCUCAACGACUGUAGCGAGGUCAAGGCCCUGGUGCCCAACAUUAAGGCAGCCAAAAAGGUCCUCCGUCGCAACGUAUAGUUAAUGUGCAAUCAUCGGGCGGCGAGGCUGCUCUAUGCGUGAUCGAGACCACCACUACAAAAGCCCGAUCCCGAUACCCAGAGCGCCCCCUGACCAGCCCAGCCCCCUGUGUAUAAUGAGUUUUCAAUGUAAAUUUGAUUUUGUGUCGAAGAAACUGGAACUGGAAUAGAAUGCUGAUUAUAGUCUUUGUAGAAACCCCGUAAAAUAGCAAAAACAGGAACUGCAGCAGCACCUAGGACUGGAUGAACUCCCCCGUUGAAAACAGCAUCAGCAGCACGUGUGACAGCCGAGAGCAAACCAUCGCCGUGCCCGCGCACUGGAGUCUUCGUUAUCGCUCUCUCAUGCAGAACGGCGGAUGGAGCGGGAGGAGUUAUCGCUUAGAUUAGAUUGUCCUACGGCAAAAAAAUUAGCUUAUUUCGUACAUUGUAAAAAUGUAUGUGACCACAAACACACACAUAUGAUAUAGAUAUUGUAUUAUUAACUGUUUUGGACAUAAGUUGGAUUAAUCUUGAUAUACCCGUAUAUAUACAUAAUUGUGAUUUAAGCGAUUUUAUCAAAUCUGCAUUAUGCAAUUCUACAUAAAAUUCGUCGUAGUCUCUAAGUUAAAACAAAACCCUCCCACACAUAUACGCGCAAACACACACAGUAAACCCCUUGCAAUACUUGUUGUAAAUUACCAAAAAAAGAAAAAAACAAAAAAAGGAAAAAGAAUGGAGUAAAGCUUGAGACAUAGCAAGUGGAGAAAAGAGUGUAACAAGUGCCAUUAGGACUAGAGCUAGCAGCAGCAAAGCGAAAAAAACUAACUAGAAGCAAACAACAACACAACAAAAUUAUCAAUACAAUUUAUGUCUUUCGCGUAACGAAAACACAGAUAUCAGAUAGCAUUACAGAGAUUAGAGAACUAACAAAGAAGCAUAUGUACUAUACGUAUUAGCUGAUAUCCGCACAAUGUUCGAUUGAUUGUAAAACUUGUUCGAUAUUCCAUUUUAAUUAGUACAAACAUAAGACUAACGACAAAACAGUUUAAAUUAGAUAUCACCGUUCCUCUUCUCGAUCAAAUUUGCCAUACGCACAAGCAAAGGUUAAUGUAGUUCCAAACUGAAUAAUACGAUGAUAGACCAGGAAUUGUAAUUCGGAAGAUGGAGAAGCUGUUUUGAUAUCAGUAAUGUGUGUGUCAAAGUUAUAAAAAGAACAAAAUAUUAACAAAGAAUAUCCUUAAAGAGAGUAUAUAUGCAUACAUCCAUAGAUGUGGUAUCCAUACACUAAACCUAAUCCCAGCGGGAAAUUACGAGCAAUGCCAAAAGAGUAAUUGAAGAAAGUAAUCGUCAGCGGCACACCUUAGCCUAAAUAUGUACUUCUGUUUGGCAUCCGUUUUGUGCUUAGUUUAAUUUACUUGAGGAAGCUCUUUCCGGAAACUCUAGAUUUAUCCGAAAACUUAUGCCCCUCUCCAGCUAGUCCCUCUCAACGAAUGGAAAGAGUACAUUUGAGGAUCUUUGGGUUAGCUUUCCUUACUUGUUAUACAUACACGUACAUAUACGUACAUAUGCCCAUACAAAUUGUGUGUGUGUGUAGGAUUCUUAGUAGGGAUUAUUCUUUUACUUGCUAUUCUGAUAUUAGUAGCCAAUCGACUGCGACUGCUGCUGCUGCAGAUCGGUUCAUAGAUACAAUUUUAUACAAAACGUAAUACCAUUCAUGAUUUUGAAAGAGCUUAACCGAUUUAACGAAAAUUUACUUGAUUUUCUUAGUUUAGCUUAAAUAUGAUGAGUAUUAAUUAGGCAAGGCAACGAACGGAAGGGAAAAGAAAGUAUUCGAUGGAUGGAUGGGCCCCUGGAAGAGAGAUAGAUGGGCUUUAUUGGAAACACGAGACAUACCCGACCUUACAUAUUCGCAAAAAACGCAUUUAAGACGAAAGCAAAGAUUGCAAUUAA